AUGGCAGCUACAGCUGGCCAAAGACUCACGCUAGAUGCUUUAAGAAAGUUGAUUGUGAGUCGUGUCCACAGACAAGGCUUUGAAAGUCUCUUUAACCAGCUGAAGGUUGUUUCAGGAGGAGAUGGCAGCUGUGUCUGUGAGAUCAAAGUCAGCCCCAGUAUGCUGAAUGCAGCUGGCACACUGCAUGGUGGAGUCACUGCCUCUCUGGUGGAUGCUGUAUCCACCUACGCUCUGACCACUACAGGCUCUGGGAGACCAGGCAGCAGCAUAGACCUCAACGUCAGUUACCUGAGGCCAGUCAAAGUAAAUGAAGUCAUUACCAUUGCUGCUAGGACCCUGAGCUGUGGCAAGACCAUUGCUGUCAGCUGUGUUGAUAUCACCAACACAGACACAGGCAAACUUCUCGCCCAGGGUCGGCAUUCCAAGUUUGUAGGGGAACCUGCCUCUCUCCCAUCUGCUGCGGGUUCCUAA